AGCUCAAACAUCUCCGCACUCUCUCUAGUGCAGCCCAGCCACCUUCUCUGGCUUGCAUCCCCAGACCAGCCCCGGCUCAGUGUCUUGCACUUUCUGCCCUCUACAGCCCCAAAGUCAUGUCUUCCAGCAGCCGAGUGGCCGUGGUGACCGGGAGUGACAAGGGGAUCGGCUUGGCCAUCGUGCUCGAUCUGUGCAAGAAAUUACCCGGGGACGUGAUUCUCACCGCCAGGAAUCCGACCCUGGGCCAGGAAGCGGUGAAGAAGCUGAAGGAGGAGGGACUGAACCCUGUUUUCCACCAGCUGGACAUCAACGACCAGCAGAGCAUUCGGACCCUGCGGGAAUUUCUCAAGGAGCGGUAUGGGGGCGUGGAUGUGCUGGUGAACGAUGCUGGAAUACUCUUCAAAGAGGCUGAUACCGCAUGCUUUCCUAUUCAAGCUGAGGUGACACUGCAAACCAACUUUUUUGGCACCAGAGCUGUAUCUGCAGAAUUAUUGCCUCUGAUGAAACCCCAAGGUAGAGUGAUGAAUGUCACUAGCUUCCAGAGUUUUAAUGCUCUUAAAAACUGCAGCCCUGAACUACAGCAGAAGUUUCUGAGUGACACAAUCACAGAAUAAGAGUUGGUGGGGCUCAUGAAUAAGUUUGUGGAAGAUACAAAGAAGGGAGUGCAUGAGAAGGAAGGUUGGCCUAACACUGCUUACGGAGUGUCCAAGAUUGGAGUCACUGUCUUGUCAAGAAUCCAUGCCAGGCAACUGAAUGAGCAGAGGAAAGCUGAUAACAUUCUUCUGAAUGCCUGCUGCCCAGGAUGGCUGAGAACUGACAUGGCGGGACCCAAGGCUCCCAAAAGUGUAGAGGAAGGAGCUGAAACCCCAGUUUAUUUGGCUCUUUUACCUCCAGGUGUCACAGAACCUCAUGGACAGUUUCUGUCAGAGAAAAAGGUUGAAAAGUGGGAACCUAAAUUUAUGAAUCUAUUCUAGUAAUACUUGAGUAUUCAUAUCUUGGAUUUGAUUUAAAAAUUUGCAUUUAGAAAGAAAGAUAAAAGUGCAUUUUGUGCCUUUACUAAUUGUCACAGUUAAUUCCUAUAGGAUGUUCUCUUUGAGUUGCCUACUAAUUAUGUGAGAGAUUGUGUAAUGACUGAGAUUUGUAAUGAUUCAAUAUUUGUAAUGAUGGAAAA